AUGAGUGUUCGUCACAGAGAUCAUAGGCAUGUUUCAUAUAUGAUUAUUGGAAACCACAUCGCUCCUAAGUAUGAAGAUGUCAACCGAGUUUACAGACCAAGGGACAUUAUUAAUGACACUCGCCGAGAGUUCGGCAUAACCGUAAGCUAUACUAAAGCGUACAUGGCUAAAAAUUUUGCUUGUGGACUAAUUCGUGGGAAACCCCGUGAGAGUUAUGCAAAAUUGCCAGUGUAUUGUCAUGUUUUGGAGAUGCAAAAUCCUGGUACACUGACAUUCAUUCAUACUAAUGAUGAUCGGCGCUUCAAGUACUUUUUUAUGGCAUUGGGACCAAGUAUAAAUGGGUUCGUAAACUCAAUGCGAAAGGUAAUUUCGGUAGACAGUGCAUUCUUGACAUCGAGAAUGAAAGGUACUCUACUCAUAGCAACUUCUCAGGAUGCAAAUUUUCAAAUAUUUCCACUCGCAUGGGGAGUAGUUGAUUCGGAGAAUGAUGAAUCCUGGACUUGGUUCUUUCAGAAGUUAAGGUUAAUAACAGGUGAUACGGAUGAUCUUGUGAUUAUAUCUGACCAUGCAAAGUGCAUUAAAAAUGGAGUUAGAAAUGUGUUUCGAUUUGCUCAUCAUGGUAAUUAUACAUAUCACUUGCAAAAGAACUUGAAAACAAAAUUUCCACGGUGUGAUGUUGCAACUUCGUUUAGGGCAGCGUUAGAAGCUUAUACUGUAACCGAAUUUGAGUCUUACAUGACAGCUCUAUGCAGUGAAAAGGAGGGCAUCAAAGAGUACCUAUUAGAAGAAGAUUUUCAAUGUUGGGCUAGAGCGCAUUUUACCGGGAUACGUUACAAUAUCAAGACUACAAAUAAUGCGGAAUCUAUAAAUGGUUUGUUGAAGAGUGCUCAAGAACUUCCCAUAGUUGAUUUACUAAAAUAUAUUCGUGGGAUGCUACAAAGGUGA